AAAAAACCAAACAUCUCUCUCUAGUGUCUACACUACAAGCUCUAUGCCCCAAGUCGAUCUUGAAUCUCUUGUUUCUUCAGUAUGCUCCGGUGGCUCGGACCGGAAGAUCACAUGCGAGUCAACCUACGUCAACGACACGGAAACCAAACCUUACUACAACAACACCUCCGCGAGCCCGACUGAUUUUCCACCGGAAUCUUAUUACAUAACCAAAGAUGCUCCUCAGCUCGAGUGGCUCACCGACAACGCCUUCUUCGACCGCAAAGAAUCACAGAGAGGAAGCUCAGCGAACAUCAGCUCCAACCCUAACUCCAACCCUAGCUCUCAACGGUUUCUACUCAGCUCCAAAGCGUCCAUCAUCGGUUUACCGAAGCCGCAGGACACGUGUUUAAACGAGGCGAAGCAGAGGAGAAACGGCGGGAAAAAAAAGGAGAAGAACAGAGUCUUCUUGAAACGGGUCGGGUCGAGGAUAAAGUCGGAUCCUUCGCAGCUCGAGCCUUCUUCUCCUAAAGUCUCUUGCACCGGUAGGGUGAGAUCGAGACGAGAACGUAGCCGACGUAUGCGUCGUCAGAAAUCGGUUCGACCGGAGAAGGCGAACCGGGUCAAGAAACCCGGGUUGUUAGCGAGUUUCAGAGCUAUUUUUAGGAGCAGAGGAGGAUGCAAAGAUGGGACCCACACGACGCCGGUUAUGGCACGUGACGAUAUCAGGAGCCGGCUUCCGGUGGAAGAGGUUGAACCGGUGGUGGUGGUGCCCGGUUUGGGUGGGAUGAACCGGUUUGCUUCUGGAAGGAGAGGGGAUUUGUUGGGUGGAUGUUGACAAGUGUAAUGUUUAGUGAUUGGUCGUCUUGUCCGGAGUUAUGGUGGGACCUGUGUUUUAGUUAUUGUCAAUAUGUGUUUUGAGAAGUCGUUGGUGCUGACGUGGCGAGUGGUUAACGUUUUUCAGGAACACGGCACCGCGUUGGCGGUGUGGAUCCUUACCCACCCAAGGUUUUUGUUUUCUUGUUUUGGUAGUUAAUUGUCAAAGAAAUAUAUUUAUAAAUAUGGUUAGAGGUUGUGCUUACACAUCACAUUGAAUCUAAACGAUUUUUCCAUUUUAAAACAUUAGAAUAGAUUUUUUAAAAAUCGUUAAGACAUUCGCCUAAA